GUCUUCAUUGCGGUACGGAUCGUCGGACUGCACGCAUGUACCAGUAACUUAUGACUAAGUCGUGAUGUGCUACAUGCUUGUUUACAUGUUGUAAUUUUCAUCAUGAUCUCGCUCAAGACUCUCUCAGUGUUGUUAUUAGUGCAAUUAAUAUGUCAGUGUUCACAGGGGCAGCAGAAGCAAAAGUUCUUCCGGAAAGACUACACUUUCAUAGAAGAGUCCCAGGCGUUUUAUAAAAUACAUACGAUACACCGGACAUGGCCAGAUGCAAGGAAAAGAUGCGCCAUGGAGGGGGCCAGUUUGUUCUACGCUGAAGAUGAGGUUGAGGCAGACGCCGUGAUGGGUUUGUGGAAUAGGACACAACCGUUUUCGUGGGUGUACGUUGGAAUAUCGGAUUUGUUGGCGAAAGGAGUUUGGGAGACAAUUGACGGUCGUCCAAUACUAGACGUGUUCAGCAACUGGGGUCCCGGCGAGCCGAACGACGCGAACAACGUCGAAGACUGCGUGAUCUGGCGGCGCGACAACUCGCUCAACGACGACCGAUGCGACCAGAAAUUCCCCUUUAUCUGCAAGAAAAGCCUGCUUGACCUGGACUGGAACACGCUCUGUGAUAUGCCUGAUCCCAGUUACCACUACAAUAAGGAAUUCGGCAAAUGCUACAAAUUCCACCUUUCGCCAAUGAACUGGACGGACGCCCACGCCGUGUGCAGCGCCGAACAGUCGUAUUUAGCCAUCAUCAACAGCCAAUCCGAGGCCGACUAUCUGGUCAAAAUCACCGAGGAGGCCCCGAAGAGCAAGGUCAAAGGGAACUUCUUGAGCGGAGCGGUGUAUCUUGGCUUUCACAAUAGGGAAAGUGACGGGUGGAAAACUAUUAAAGGCACCUCACUAGAAGACAGUGGCUACACGGGCUGGGGCAACCAGCAGCCAGACGGUGGCGACAACGAGACAUGCGGGUCCAUGUUCUAUAACGGCCGGCUGAACGACCUCGGCUGCUUCCAACGGUGCUUCUUCAUAUGCGAGCACGAUGUGGGGCUGCUUACUGGCGCUAUAGAGGAGAGAUUUGGAGACUGAGGUGUAGUUAACUCUGCACAUAUAGGCCACCAGACGAAGGAAUUACAGAAGAAAUAAUUCGUGUAUAAAUAGGCCACCGUCGUGUUUUGCUACGGGUGAUUUAAGAGUUAUUUAUGAAAACCUAUAAGGGACCUUAAGACCCCCCCCUACCCGUUAUCUUCACCCCCACCCCCCGGAACUUUUAGUACUUAUCUUGUUUAAUACACCAUACCCUACAUGCCAAAAUUGGCUUAUACACGAGUUAUUUCCCCCGAUUGGCAAUGUUUGGUGUUCGUUUGGUGUACUAAUACUUUGGAAUGACAAAAUGGGGUACCUAAUAAUAAACGUUUUUUUAUGAAAAUAUGACGAUAUAAUGAUUAUGACACUUUGACAAGUCAAUAUCCCAGUUACCUACUUGACAAAUUAUCUUAAAAAGUUUACUUAAAAAAUUAAAUGACAGUUGGAUAGCCAAGUUUAGCCAAGUUUACUACUCAAUAUGUCAUUUUACUACAAACCCAGGUUAGAAAGUUAAAAAAAUAAAUAUCGGCACUGAAAGUACUGAAACUGGCACUUAAGUAUCUGGGAUAUAAAACAGAGUUUAAUGUAGUCUUCAAUACUAAGCAGUCACAAGUUGUGUAUCUGCAUUGCGGACUUGUGUCGUUCCUCGUUCAUUGCCAUUGAUAAAGUGACCGAGGAUUGUUUCUAAUCGCCCGGUAGAAAGUAGCUUAGUUUGGUGCUAAAUGUAGAUUGGGGUGGUAUUCCACCUGUCCAAUGUCUGUGCGUCUCACUUUCUCACUAAGCAAAAUGUGAGACGCAAGACACAUUCAUAAUUCAUCAUAAUUUUACUAAAUACCUAGUAUUCAUCUCAUUUGUAAUUUGGUGUAAUCAAAAUAGCUGGUUGCACCGCGACUGUGACCAUUUGUUUAUCAAAAAAUAUUAUUAUUAGUGAUGUACCGACUAUUGAUUUGGCCGACUAGCCGACUAGCCGACUAAUCGGCGCUCGAAUGGCCGAUUAGUCGGCCGACUAGUCGGCUAGUCGGCCAGAUCAUUAGUUUCGUAUAAUAUCAGGUGAAAAACAAUAGUUUUGCUCUUUAGGUUGCGCUAUUCAUAUAUUAGCUUGGCUAAAAGGUGUUCUCUACAGGUUCAAAGACCUAUCACAAGAAUCCUCGUUCUAAUUCUGUCUUUCUUUUAUUUUGCGAUCCUGAUCAGACCGUCAGUAGGUACAACUUGUAGGAGGUAUUUCUAAGGCUCUAUUUCUCGUACGUAGUCGCCAGUUAAGAACCUAUCCCCUGUGGUCAGCGUCUUUACGAGCAACGUGCCCUGUUUAUAAGUCUCUAAAUUUUGCAAUAACAUUAAUAGUUCCCCAUGGUUCCUCCAUUAAAAAAAAACAAAAACUGAAUUAUAAUACAAUCCUUUAAGUAUAUAGAACUUGGCCAUGAAAUUACACGAGAAUCAGUUGAGAUCGACCUGUAGAGGAAAUCACCAGCCUACCACCAUACGAUAACGAUCAAACGGUCAAUUAUAUGAACAAAAGUUUUCACACCCUGAAUAGGUAUUUUGGUAAAAUAGACAUAAAACAUAUGGUAAAUAUUGACUGUUGGUUUCUUUUUUCUGUUUUUCUUUCACUAAUAAGGUGCCGACUAAUCGGCCAUUUUUGCCGACUAGUCGCCGACUAAUCGCCGACUACAAAUGUGGCCGGAUAGUCGGCUUUCCCGACUAGUCGGCGACUAGUCGGUACAUCCCUAAUUAUUAUACCUAAUCGUAGAAGCCAAAUGUAUUUAAUUUUAAUGAUAAACUUUGUUUAUUACACUUAAUCUUUUGUAUGUUUUAUUCCAACAAUAUAUGUAGCAAAGAAUAUAAUACUCACUAAUACGUAGGUACCUAAAAUUUUAUCUCUAGAUCUUAUUUUGUCUACGAAACGUUUUACUUUUUUACAGGUCUGUCCCAAAAAGGAGUAUUGCUUUUCAGGGUUCAUUUAUGUAUGUAGAUAUGUGAAUUUUUCUACUAGGCUUUUUAUGUAGCAUCAUUAUUUAUUGCACAUAUCACGCUGGAUGCGGCGGACCGGUUGGAAGCGACCCUCCAACCGGUACGAAUGGAGGUCCAAGGGGGAGGCCUAUGUCAGCAGUGGACGUCUUAUGGCUGAGACGAUGAUGAUGAUGAUGAUCUAGUAAUAAUAUCAACAUGUAUAGGUAGAACCAUACGUUUGCCAUGAAAUAAUGUUCAAAACAAUAACUUGAAUAGGUACUUUAUUACAAAAUAUACAAACGUAACAUAUAGUGUUCUAGCAAAAUACUACGCUUACAGAAUAUGUAUGAUAUAACGAUUAAAGCUGAUAAUAAAAGUAACUUUGAGUUUUCAAAAUACGUUCACACACAAUUAAAUGUGCUAGGGUGCUUUGGGGUAAAUGCGAAGGCGGGGUAAUUCCGAAACUGACAAAUAUCUACUAAAAUAGAAACACUUUCUACUGUAGCAACAGUACGCAAGAUGCCAUGUAAGCGUUGCAGCGGCGUAAGUGUUGCUAAAGUAUGAACUGUUUCUAGUUUAGUAGAUAUUUGCCAGUUUCAGAACUACCCCGCCUUCGCAUUUACCCCAAUGCAGGGUGCAUUGGGGUAAAUGUAGAAAAACAAAGUACUUUGACUGUAAUUAACUUAUCGAUUACGUAUACUAGCAAAUGUACAAACAAGUAGUUACAGGUAUUUACAAUACUUAAUUACAAAAUGAUUAUAAAUGGUAACUAUAUUAAAAUAAACAGUAGUAGUCAUAAUUAUUAAUGUAAUACCUAAUACUAGGUACACACGUUUUUGCAAGUCCAUUAUUUAAGUACCAACAAUUGGAUAAAAUUAUUAUUUUAGCUACUUUUGACAUUAAGAUAGUAUAAAGUUUAAUUAAUUACAAACCAAAAUUAGUUGUUUUGAUAUGAACGGUUAUCAAGCUCAUUUGCGUCAGUAAAGUUACAGUUUUAAUCUAAAAGGUUACCAGUAUUUAUCGAGUAACAAAAGUAAAGUA